AUGUGUGCAUCUAAAACUACAGCUCUUGGUCUCUUCGUUGCAACACUUAUAGCGUCUUGCAACGCUGCCGCAAACGUCACAACAAAACCACUUUUCCCGGCGAUUCUAAUCUUCGGCGACUCAACCGCAGACACAGGCAACAACAACUACCAUUUACAAGCCGUCUUCAAGGCUAAGCAUCUCCCUUACGGCGUUGAUCUCCCCGGCCAUGAAGCUAACGGAAGGUUCUCUAAUGGAAAGCUAAUCUCUGAUGUCCUCGCCUCCAAACUCAACAUCAAAGAGUUUGUUCCUCCGUUUCUACAACCUAACAUCUCCGACCAAGACAUUGUCACCGGAGUCUGUUUUGCAUCUGCCGGCGCAGGUUACGAUGACCGGACCUCGCUCUCCAGCAAGGCCAUCCCGGUCUCGAAACAACCAAGCAUGUUUAAGGAUUACAUUGCUCGUCUCAAAAAUAUCGUAGGAGACAAGAAAGCAAUGGAGAUCAUUAACAACGCUUUAGUGGUCAUAAGCGCAGGGCCAAAUGACUUCAUCUUGAACUUUUACGAUAUCCCAACAAGGCGUCUUGAGUACCCUGAUAUCUAUGGUUACCAAGAUUUUGUCCUCAAAAGGGUUGACGGUUUUGUCCGGGAGCUUUAUAGUUUAGGUUGCCGGAAUAUUGUGGUCGGAGGGUUGGCGCCGAUGGGAUGUUUACCGGUCCAAAUGACCGCUAAAAUGAGAAACGUUUUGAGAUUUUGUGUGGAGCAAGAGAACAAAGACUCCGUCUUGUACAAUCAGAAACUUAUGAAGAAACUACCUGAGAUCGAAGCCUCUCUACCAGGAAGCAAGUUUCUUUACGCCAACGUCUAUGACCCUGUGAUGGACAUGAUCCAAAACCCUAGUAAAUAUGGGUUCAAGGAGACGAAGAAAGGAUGUUGCGGAACAGGGUACUUGGAAACGAGCUUCAUGUGCAAUGUCCUUUCAAAGACUUGUCCGAAUCAUGCGGAUCACUUGUUUUGGGACUCGAUUCAUCCCUCGGAAGCUGCUUACAAACACCUUGGCAACUUCGUGGAUGCUCAGAUUCGUGGCUGGAUUAAGGCUUAA